GAUGUGCGUUUGUUUUAUUCGUCUCCUAAUAAUGUUGUCGGUAUUGAAACUGAUUUCCACUCGAACCGAAUUUACGAACUUUAAGUGUGAUUCGUUGGAUAAGGAGUUUUCCGAUUUUGAGUAUUGCUCUAUAAAGGCUAUAAAUCGAUCCUACAAGUACGUUACCGUAAAGGUCAAACUAUUCCAAGUUCCCGUUACCAAAGUAAAGGUUAGCUUUGGGCUCUACAAGCGGUUCAGUGGUUAUAGGCCCUUCCUAUACAACGUAACCGUGGACGCGUGUAAUUUUUUGAGAAACCGGAAGAGCAAUCCGAUAACUAGCUACUUUUACGACUUUAUCAAGGAUAUAUCCAACAUGAACCAUACUUGUCCCUUUGACCACGACCUUGUUAUGGAUAAGCUUUCCACGGAGUUGGUAAACCACCGUCUUACGAAUGUACUUUCCUUUCCAGAGGGAGAUUACAUGGUGGAGAUGCAUUGGAUUGCUUAUGACAUAACCCGCGCGGUGGUCAAGUUAUACCUUUCUCUCACUUAG